AUGUAUUCAGGUCAGUGCCUUGAUCUACACUAUGGCAACGACGCAGAACGCAUUCUCACGUCGUUUGGUCUGGAUGCACGACAGCGGCAAGAAUACGACACUGUUCUGGAAAAAUUUGAUGAGUACUUUGUGCCAAAACGCAAUAUCAUCCACGAGCGUGCACGAUUUCACGCCAGAAAUCAGAAACCGGACGAAAGUAUCGAAGAAUACAUUAGAGAUUUAUACGAGCUCGCUGCAAAGGCAGACGUAAGAGACAAAGAUGAAGCUAUCAGAGAUCGCCUCGUGUUAGGGAUCCUCGACAGAGACUUGUCCGAAAGAUUACAAUUAAAGGCAGACUUAACACUGCAAGACGCCAUCUUGCAGGCAAGGCAAUAUGAGCAAGUGAAAGCACAGCUUUCUGACCAGCGUCGCACAAAUGUGAACGCAGUGCAAUCCAAGAAAAGUGCCUCUGGUGGUGUACAUAGUCAGUGCAAAGGUGCAACUGGCAGUUCGCGCGGCUUCAGUGGUCGUCGUCGUGGUAGAGCAGAAAAGAGUGACUUUGCAUCGUCAGCAGUUAACGUGUCAAGCUGUACUCGUUGUGGCAGACGGCACGCUAGAACAUGUGUGUGCCCAGCUCAGGGAAGAAAGUGUAACAAGUGUGGUAGGCUUGGACACUUUGCUACAGUGUGCAGAACAAAGUUAGUGCAGGCACUUGAAGAAAAACAAGUAAAGGAACAUUUUGUAGGGACUUUGUGCAGUGACAGUAGAGAACCACCGUGGACAACUGUAUUACAGUUUGGCGGUUGUGAUGUCAAGUUCAAAAUUGACACAGGGGCAGAUGUUUCUGUCAUUUCAUCUACACAGUACAAAAGGUUGUCACCAUGUCCCAAGCUAUUGAAGACCAAUGUAGUGUUAAAGAGUGUAGGAGGAGUCCUGAAGUGUGAUGGACAGUUCAUUACUACAACAAGAAUUCAUGACCAGCUUCAUGUACUGAAAGUGUUUGUUGUGCAAGCAAUCACUGAAAAUCUGCUUAGUAGAGAAGCAGCAUCCAGAUUAGGUUUAGUGAAGAGGAUAGAGGCUGUCAAUGCCUUAUUUGGAAAACUUGACAAGAGGCCUGUGCAGUGUCCUCCAGUCAAAAUCAUCUUGAAAGAAAACAUUGAGCCAUACAGUGUUCAUGCAGCAAGGAGAAUACCAAUACCAUUGCUGGACAAGGUCAAGGAAGAAUUAAAAAGAAUGCAGGAAACAGGGAUUAUAGAGGAAAUAACAGAGCCAACAGAUUGGUGCUCUCCCAUUGUGCCAGUAAUGAAGAAAUCAGGUAGCAUACGUAUUUGCGUUGAUUACAAGAAGCUCAAUACUGCAGUGAAGCGGGAGCGGUAUGCCUUGCCAACACUGGAAGAUAUUUUACAUAAGCUUUCUGGAUCAGCAGUUUACAGCAAGCUGGAUGCAACAUCAGGUUUCUAUCAGAUUCCCCUUGAUCCAGAUUCUGCAAAACUUACUACAUUCAUCACUCCAUGUGGGAGAUAUUUCUUCAAGAGAUUACCAUUUGGUAUUUCAUCAGCUCCAGAGAUUUUUCAGAGGACCAUGGAGACUAUCCUAAAGGAUGUACCCAACAUAAUCUGCUAUUUUGAUGAUAUCCUUGUUUAUAGUGAGAAUGAACAAGCUCACGAGAAACAUCUUGAGAGAGUCAUGAAAACACUUGCCAGUGCUAACCUGAAACUCAACUAUGAGAAAUGUGAGCUCAGGAAGCAUGAGAUUGAAUUUUUGGGUCAUAGAAUCAGCAAGAAUGGAAUUUCACCAGACCCAGGAAAGGUUGAAGCAAUAAUCGCCAUGCCAGAUCCAACUAAUGUACCCGAGUUGAGGAGGAUGCUGGGCAUGUGCAACUUCUUAGGGCGGUAUUUGCCAAGUCUGUCUACAGUACUUCAGCCGUUGACGCAAACUGCUGGGGAAGGAUCGAGAGUGGAGUUGGGCUCAAUGCAAGUCAAAGCAAUGGCAGAUGUGAAGAAACUGCUUACUUCAGCACCAACGCUAGCAUUCUACGAUCCGGCAAAGCUUACAAUUGUCAGCUCAGAUGCUAGUAGUUAUGCAUUGGUGGCGUGUUGCUACAGCAGCAUCCAGAAGGUCUCAAAGCUGUGGCAUAUUGUUCAAGAACAUUGA